CCCCCGCUUUGGGAACUGACGCAGGGGUGAGGAGGCGAGGGGAAGGCAAGGCAGUGGGGUCCAGGUUCCAUCCGCGCGAGCAGCCUGGACGGGAGGAACGCCAAAGCAGCGAUGCUGCGGUUGCGCCAUCUGUCAGGAGCCUGGGUGGCGGUGGUGGGAGGGGAGGAGACAGACUGAGGCGGCUUUUGCCUGGGUCUUGGGCAAAGAGAGAGAGAGAGAGAGGUGGGGGAGGAAACGGAGCCUCGCGGCGCGAGCCCGUCUUCCCCCGGACAGCGUUGCAGGCAGCCCACGCGCCAGACAAAGCUGCUGCCACCCCCCUCCUCGCUGGGUUCUCCUUGGCGCCCCAGAGCUGCUGAGGCAGGGACGUUGACAUCCUCCCAUUCCCUCUUAACGCGGCUAUUUCGGUCCUUGCGUUAAUAAUAACAGGGUUGGGUCGAGAGCAGGGUGUGAGGGCGAGCGAGGAAGAAAUAAGCUGGAGCGUUCUCUGGAGAGGGGACUGCCGCCGCCGCCGCCGCCCUCGGGACCCUGCAGCUAGGGAGCAAGAGCGACUGGGAGGGAGCGUUGGUGUGAAGGUGGCUCUGCAGACCCAGUCCUGCUGCUGCGCCUCAGGACCAGUCUUACUAAAGUUCUUGAAAAGAUGUGGUGAAUAAAAGCUUGCUGUAUUUACGGGGAGGAAAAUUCUGACAGUUCUCUUCGCGAAGUGCCUUCUGGUGGGCUUCCUCCUACUUGGAUGGACCCCUCUAAGUUUUAAGAGGAUUUUGGAUAAUGGGCUGUGUGCAAUGUAAGGAUAAAGAAGCAACAAAACUGACAGAUGAGAGGGAUGGCAGUUUAAACCAGAGCUCAGGCUAUCGCUAUGGGACAGAUCCCACCCCCCAGCACUAUCCAGGCUUUGGUGUGACUUCAAUUCCAAACUACAACAACUUCCCCACAGCUGGAGGACAGGGGUUGACCGUCUUUGGUGGUGUCAACUCCUCUUCACAUACUGGGACCCUGCGCACGAGAGGAGGAACAGGUGUAACUCUCUUUGUUGCUCUGUACGAUUAUGAAGCAAGGACAGAAGAUGACUUAAGUUUUCAUAAAGGAGAAAAAUUUCAGAUACUUAACAGCUCGGAAGGAGACUGGUGGGAAGCCCAUUCUUUGACUACAGGAGCAACUGGUUACAUUCCUAGUAAUUAUGUGGCUCCAGUUGACUCCAUUCAAGCAGAAGAGUGGUACUUCGGUAAACUUGGAAGAAAAGAUGCUGAGAGACAACUCUUGUCAUUUGGAAACCCACGAGGGACUUUCCUGAUUCGUGAGAGUGAAACCACCAAAGGUGCCUAUUCAUUGUCUAUCCGUGAUUGGGAUGAUAUGAAAGGAGAUCAUGUCAAACAUUAUAAAAUUCGCAAACUCGACAAUGGUGGAUAUUACAUUACAACAAGGGCACAGUUUGAAACUCUUCAGCAGCUUGUUCAGCAUUAUUCAGAGAGAGCUGCAGGUCUUUGCUGCCGCUUAGUAGUCCCUUGUCAUAAAGGAAUGCCAAGGCUUACUGAUCUGUCUGUCAAAACCAAAGAUGUCUGGGAAAUUCCACGAGAAUCACUACAGUUGAUCAAGAGACUGGGAAAUGGGCAGUUUGGGGAAGUAUGGAUGGGUACUUGGAAUGGAAAUACUAAAGUGGCAAUAAAGACACUGAAGCCUGGAACAAUGUCCCCAGAAUCAUUCCUGGAGGAAGCGCAGAUCAUGAAAAAACUAAAGCAUGACAAACUGGUUCAGCUUUAUGCUGUGGUGUCUGAAGAACCUAUCUACAUUGUCACAGAGUAUAUGAGUAAAGGAAGCUUGCUAGAUUUCUUAAAGGAUGGAGAAGGAAGAGCUCUGAAAUUACCAAACUUAGUGGACAUGGCAGCACAGGUUGCUGCAGGCAUGGCUUAUAUUGAACGAAUGAAUUACAUACACAGAGACUUGCGAUCUGCGAACAUCCUCGUAGGAAAUGGUCUAAUAUGCAAGAUCGCUGAUUUUGGAUUAGCAAGAUUAAUUGAAGACAAUGAAUACACAGCCAGGCAAGGUGCAAAGUUCCCCAUAAAAUGGACUGCUCCAGAAGCUGCAUUGUAUGGAAGGUUUACAAUAAAAUCAGAUGUCUGGUCCUUUGGAAUAUUGCUGACGGAACUAGUAACAAAAGGGAGAGUGCCAUAUCCAGGUAUGAAUAACCGGGAAGUCCUGGAGCAAGUAGAACGGGGCUAUAGGAUGCCAUGCCCUCAGGAUUGUCCCAUCUCCCUGCAUGAGCUCAUGAUUCACUGCUGGAAAAAAGACCCAGAAGAACGCCCAACUUUUGAGUACUUGCAGGGUUUCCUUGAAGACUACUUCACUGCAACUGAACCCCAGUACCAGCCAGGUGACAACCUGUAAUGUUCUGGUCUGUGUAGACUGCCAUGAUCAGUGUCCCAUUCACAGUUGACAUACAGCGACUGGCUCCUCCCACAGGCUGCAUCUUCUCCCACAGCGCCAAAAUGUUCUGGAGCCCAAAGUUGAGAACUUCUACAGCUACCUUUCUGAAAGAUCUGAAUGUCUUCUAUGAAUAGAAAGUGAACACUUGAUUUUGUUCUUAUUCAAAGACUCUGAAACUACAUUGUUUUUGAUGUUAUGUAAACUGCAAAAUCUUUGUUCCAUGUAAAUAGUAAUUCAGUGCCAAUAACUGAUCCUAGUGCUUUCCUUUUUUAAAAAAAAUAAUAAUAAUGCAAAACUAUGUGAUUUUAACUAGUCUUCUCCUGAUCAACUAAAAGUAUUAUUUUCCAAAAGUGGCCUCUUUUUGUCUACGUUUUUUCAUGUUUUAACAAAAUAAAAUCAGGACCAGUGUUUUGGGUUUCUUUUCUGUUUGUUUGCUUUUAUAUAUAUAAUAUAUGUAAAAUAUAUACAUACCUGUAUAUAUAGUCAGUGGGUGCUAUUGCAGAGGAAACUCAUUUCAGAAACUGAUUAGCCAUGCUGCUGAAGCACCCAGAACAAAAAACUGAUUUCUCUGUACACCGGAAACACUGGUCAGAUUCCGAAAGCCAGUGACUGAAUUUUUGGCUUUUGCCAAGCAUGACCUUUUUUAAUUGGAUUGCACUUUUUGGUUUGGCUAUGUACCUGUAGGUGGUUGUAACUUUUGAUCUUUCAGAAAUCAUGUGCAGAGUUUCCAGCAAUGUUUGCCAACUACGUGCUUGGAUUUGUGAUCAAAAUUAAAAUAAACUUAUUAAAGCAAGGAAAUGCACCAUUACCCAUUGGGACUGGAAGAUUGAAACUGCAAAUACUCUUGUGUAUCAAAAUAUGUAUACUGAAAAUUUUCUGAUUUUUUAAAAUUUAAUAAACAUUGCAACCACGUGCAAA